AAAUGACUAUUCCUAGGUAAAGUCUUCGGCAAUUUUUGUGGGCAUUUUGUUUUUCUCUUCUGUACUUUUACAACCCAACCUACCUCUAUCCGUUAGAGUGUAUGUUAUUCUGCCUGUAGGUGCCUGACUUUUCCCAUUCAGACCCUUGCUUUGUCGGGGUACUGUUUUAUGUUCAUCUCUGAAUUCCCAACCAUGAAGAUAUUGAAUGAUUGAAAUGGUUAUUGAAUAAACAGUUACUGAAUGUUAUUGGCUGUAAGGAAUGAAGGGGAACUAGUAUUUGUGAAUUGUCUUCCAUUUGCUAAAUAUAGUGCUGAUUGUUUUGCAAUAUUUAAUGUUCUUUAAGGCUCCAUUAUAAAUUGAUGAACAUAGUCUUUGGCCGCCAGGAGAUCACAUUCUCCUGAGACGUAUAACAUUUGACAGAAAUAGCCGAUGCCGUUCUAAGCUCCAUCUCCUUUCGGAGAGAGCAGGAUCUGGCUCUCGUUGGUCUAGAACUCCUGUUCCCAUAGCAACAGAGGUCCUGUAAGAGUCAAGGGAGGCAGGAAGUGUGGCUUGCAUUUCCGGUUUGUGUCGGAGCAGCCCGCAACCCGGAAGUUGACGCUGCGCGGUUGCACAUGGCCGCGCCCUGGGAGGAUGCCGCUCGUGGUGUUUUGCGGGCUGCCGUACAGCGGCAAGAGCCGGCGCGCGGAGGAGCUCCGCGUGGCACUGGCGGCCGAGGGCCGCGCGGUGUACGUGGUGGACGACGCGGAGGUGCUGGGCGCGGAGGACGCGACAGUGUACGGCGAUUCGGUCCGUGAGAAGGCCUUGCGUGGGGCCCUGCGAGCGGCCGUGGAGCGGCGCCUGAGUCGCCACGAAGUGGUCAUCCUCGACUCGCUUAAUUACAUCAAGGGCUUCCGCUACGAGCUGUACUGCCUGGCGCGGGCGGCGCGCACUCCGCUGUGCCUGGUCUACUGCGUAAGGCCAGGCGGUCUGAGCGGGGGACCGCGGGUGGCGGGCGCGGAUGAGAGUCCGAGCCGCAAUGUCAGUGUGAGUUGGAGGCCGCGAGCUGAGGAGGGAGGGAGACCUCUGGCGGCGGGCACCGGUGUCCUCGGGGAACCGCAGGCAGUGGACUCUGUAGUAAAUGGGAGAGCCCAGGCAGAAGUACCUAAGGAACUGGAGCGGGAGGAAACCAGGACGCCAGAUUUUCCAGCUCUUGUGACUUCGGAAUUCGAGAAAUCUGCAGAGCAUGUGUCCGGUGCCUUUUACCCUCCCGAACUUCUGGAGGCCUUAGCGCUGCGCUUCGAAGCUCCCGACUCUCGGAACCGCUGGGACAGGCCCCUGUUCACCUUGGUGGGCUUAGAGGAGCCGUUGCCUCUGUCAGAGAUCAGAGCUGCCUUGUUUGAGAACCGGGCUCCUCCACCCCAUCAGUCUACACAGUCACAGCCACUUGCCUCCGGCACCUUUCUGCACCAAUUGGACCAGGUCACCAGCCAGGUGUUGGCAGGACUGAUGGAAGCUCAGAAGAGCGCAGUCCCUGGAGACUUGCUUAAGCUUUCUGGCACCACAGAGCACCUGCGGUUUACCCGGCCUUUGACCAUGGCAGAACUGAGUCGCCUCCGUCGCCAGUUUAUUUCCUACACCAAAAUGCAUCCCAACAAUGAGAACCUGCCUCAACUGGCCAACAUGUUUCUGCAGUAUCUGAGCCAGAGCCUGCACUAACCAGCUGGUGGGGGAAAGUCAUGGCUCCUUGUCUAACUACUGCACUCUCUGUUUCUCUGGGAAGAAUAAUCUGAAGUGGAUUACCCCUGAUGGUGAUUAUCCAUAAGUCCUGGUGUGGAGCUUGCAAAGGAUGAAGAAGAACCCAAAGAUGAAGAUUUCAGCCCUGAUGGGGGUUAUAUUCCACGAAUCCUGUUCCUGGAUCCCAGUGGCAAGGUGCGUCCUGAAAUCAUCAAUGAGAAUGGAAACCC